AUGGAGCAACCAACGGCGGCAAGUUCAUGGCUGCUGCUCCUGUGCCUCGCCGCCGUUGCCACCGGUGGCGUACCCCAAGCUCGAGCACAGCUUGAGAGCAAAGGAUUCAUAAGUAUAGACUGCGGGCUGCCGGGCACGGCGGGCUACAUGGACGCCGGAACAAAGCUGCCAUACGUCUCGGACGCCGGCUUCACCAACGACGCCGCCGGCGCCAACCACAACAUCUCGGCCAAGUUCAUCCUGCCGCAGCUCUCUCGGCGCUACCACAAUGUGCGCAGCUUCCCCGACGGCGCACGCAACUGCUACACCCUCCGAUCCUUGGUGUCCGGUCGCAAGUACCUCGUCCGCGCGGCGUUCUUCUAUGGCGACUACGACGGCCUUGCCAGGUCGCCUAUCUUCGACCUCCAUCUCGGCGUCAACUACUGGCAGACCGUCAACGUCUCGACGCUCGAGGUGACGGCGGAGGCAAUCGUGGUCGUGCCGGACGACUUCGUGCAGGUAUGCCUGGUGAACACCGGUGCCGGCACGCCGUUCGUCUCCGCGCUGGAGCUGAGGCCGCUGAAGAUGAAGUUCUACCCGCAGGCGAACUUGACGCAGGGUCUCCUCGUAGAACACAGGCUGAACGCGGGCGAGACCAACAUCAUCAGGUACCCCGUAGACCCGUACGACCGAGUAUGGAUCCCUUGGGCCGACCCGAAAGAGUGGACAGAGAUAUCAACGACAAGGCAGGUGCAGAGCGACGACGACGACUACGAGGUGCCGUCGGCGGUGAUGCAGACUGCAGUCACGCCGCUGAACGCCUCCAAGAAGAACCUCGAUAUCUCCUGGGACCCCGUGCCUCAGCCUCGCAACCCAUCGCCGGGGUACUUCAUCGUCAUGCACGUCUCGGAGCUGCAGAUCCUCCCCAGCAGCGCCGUGCGCCAGUUCUACGUCAGCAUCAACGGCGUGAAGUUAAACAUGACCGCUGCUAAGCUGUACUACCACGGCACCGGUGUCCUCUCCAAUGUAAAGCCCUUCCGAUACGACAAAUUCAAUAUCUCUUUGCUCGCCACCACUAACUCGACGCUGCCACCGAUCAUCAACGCCAUCGAGCUGUUCUCCGUCAUGUCCACCUCCAUCCUCGGCACGGACUCCCAGGACGUGUCGGCCACCAUGGCGAUCAAGGACAAGUAUCAUGUGCAGAAGAACUGGAUGGGUGACCCAUGCAUUCCCAAGACUAUAGCAUGGGAAAGGUUGAUGUGCAGUUACACAAUUGCCAAAACUCCAAGGAUCGUAAGCGUAAACCUGUCUUUCAGUGGUCUGAAUGGUGAUAUAUCGUCUUCUUUCACGAAUCUCAAGGCUCUCCAAUACUUGGAUCUGUCAAACAACAACUUGACGGGCACAAUUCCAGAUGCCCUUUCGCAGUUACCCUUGUUGAAGUUUUUAGAUUUGUCGGGCAAUCAACUCAGUGGAUCAAUUCCCUCUGGAUUUCUCAAACGAAUUCAAGAUGGCUCCCUAAAUCUGAGAUAUGGCAACAACUCGAACCUCUGCACCAACAAUAACUCAUGUCAGCCUGCUAAGAUAAAGAGCAAGCGAGCCAUCAACUUUGUUGUCCCUAUAGCUGUCACCAUGGUGAUAGUAGUAGUGGCGCUAACACUCUUUUCCUUGCUGAGAUGGAAAAAACGAGGAUCAAUGAAAAACUCCGUUAAACCACAAAAUGAAACAACAAAUGAUGGGGACACUUCACUUGGACUUGAGACUCGUCAAUUCACAUACAUAGAGAUUGAGAGGAUAACAAACAACCUUCGCCAUGUAUUGGGCAAGGGGGGGUUCGGUUAUGUCUAUGACGGCUUCUUGGAGGAUGGCACUCAAGUGGCUGUAAAGAUACGAUCUCAAUCUUCCAAUCAAGGUGACAAGGAAUUCCUAGCCGAGGUUCAGAUUUUAACACGGAUUCAUCACAAGAAUCUUGUCUCCUUGAUUGGUUUCUGCAAGGAUGGUGAGCACAUGGCACUUGUCUACGAGUUCAUGUCGAGGGGAACUUUGCAAGAGCACAUUGUAGGAGGAGACAACAAUGCAAUUUGUUUAAGCUGGCAACAAAGACUCAAAAUUGCAGUUGAAUCUGCACAAGGGCUGGAAUACCUGCACAAGGGGUGCAACCCACCCUUGAUUCAUAGGGAUGUGAAGGCCACAAAUAUCCUACUGAACACAAGGUUCGGGGCCAAGAUUGCUGAUUUCGGAUUGUCCAAGGCUUUCAACCACGACAAUGAAACCCAGAUGUCCACGAAUGUUAUCGUCGGUACACGAGGAUACAUGGAUCCAGAGUACCAAACAAUAGGACGGCCAACAACGAAGAGUGAUGUGUACAGCUUCGGUGUCGUGCUGCUGGUGCUUGUCACGGGGAAGCCACCAACCCUGCACAACCCGCAGAGCAUCGGCAUCAUCGAGUGGGUGCAACAAAGGCUAGCAAAGGGCAACAUCGAAGGCGUGGUGGAUGUGCGCAUGCACGGUGACCACGAUGUCAAUAGUAUGUGGAAAGCCGCUGACAUUGCGCUCAAGUGCACUGCACAGGCUUCAUCACGGCGUCCCAACAUGACUGAUGUUGUGUUGCAGCUACAGGAGUGCCUCAAACUAGAGGAGGACCACGCCGGUGGCGAUGCCAACACCAGCUUCUACACUGGCAUAUAUAGCAAUGACCAGAACUUGAGAUAUGAUGCUUAUCCUACUAACCAGUCCACGAAUGUGAGCCAGAGCAGCACCGGAUUUGAGAUUGAGCAUAAUUUUGGGAGGGUGCCAACAAUGGACAAUGGUCCUUCUGCUCGAUAA